AUGGUGCUCUCCCACGCCGCGUCGGCAGGGUCGUCCGAUGACUCGGUGCACUCCACCUUCGCCUCCCGCUACGUCCGCGCCUCCCUGCCCAGGUUCCGGAUGCCGGAGAACUCGAUCCCGAAGGAGGCGGCGUACCAGAUCAUCAACGACGAGCUGAUGCUGGACGGGAACCCGCGGCUGAACCUGGCGUCCUUCGUCACCACGUGGAUGGAGCCCGAGUGCAACAAGCUCAUGAUGGACUCCAUCAACAAGAACUACGUCGACAUGGACGAGUACCCCGUCACCACCGAGCUCCAGAACCGAUGUGUGAACAUGAUCGCGCAUCUGUUCAAUGCUCCUCUUGGGGAGACGGAGACAGCCGUGGGGGUGGGCACCGUCGGCUCUUCGGAGGCCAUCAUGCUCGCCGGGCUGGCCUUCAAGAGGAGGUGGCAGAACAAGAUGAAGGCCGCCGGCAAGCCCUGCGACAAGCCCAACAUCGUCACCGGCGCAAACGUCCAAGUUUGCUGGGAGAAGUUCGCGCGCUACUUCGAGGUGGAGCUCAAGGAAGUGAAGCUGAGCGAGGGGUACUACGUGAUGGACCCCGAGAAGGCCGUUGAGAUGGUCGACGAGAACACCAUCUGCGUCGCCGCCAUCCUCGGCUCCACCCUCAACGGGGAGUUCGAGGACGUCAAGAUGCUCAACGACCUCCUCGUCAAGAAGAACGAGGAGACAGGCUGGGACACGCCGAUCCACGUGGACGCGGCGAGCGGCGGCUUCAUCGCGCCGUUCCUGUACCCUGAGCUGGAGUGGGACUUCCGGCUGCCCCUGGUGAAGAGCAUCAACGUGAGCGGGCACAAGUACGGCCUCGUGUACGCCGGGAUCGGGUGGUGCAUCUGGAGGAGCAAGGAGGACCUGCCGGACGAGCUCAUCUUCCACAUCAACUACCUCGGCGCCGACCAGCCCACCUUCACCCUCAACUUCUCCAAGGGUUCCAGCCAGGUUAUCGCACAGUACUACCAGCUGAUCCGCCUUGGUUUUGAGGGGUACAGGAACAUCAUGGACAACUGCCAGGAGAACGCGAUGGUGCUCAAGGAGGGGCUGGAGCGCACGGGGCGGUUCAACAUCGUGUCCAAGGACCAGGGCGUCCCGCUAGUGGCCUUCUCCCUCAAGGACAGCAGCCGACACGACGAGUUCGAGAUCUCCGAGUUCCUGCGCCGCUUCGGCUGGAUCGUGCCCGCCUACACCAUGCCCCCCGACGCGCAGCACGUCACCGUGCUCCGCGUCGUCAUCCGCGAGGACUUCAGCCGCACCUUCGCCGAGCGCCUCGUCAUCGACAUCGAGAAGGUGCUCCACGAGCUCGACGCGCUCCCGUCACGCAGCAGCGGGCCCGCCCUGCAGCACCCCAACGGCGACACUGUGAGCGAGAAGGACCUGGCCAGGCAGCGCGAGGUGGUGUCCGUCUGGAAGAGGGCCGUCGCCGCCAGGAAGAAGACCCAGGGCGUCUGCUGA